AUGCGAUUUUUCGACACUAACGCAUCGGGACGUGUGCUCAAUCGCUUCUCCAAGGACACCGUAGACGAGAUAUUACCCGCUUCGCUUAUCGACAGCAUUCAGAAAGGUCUAUCACUUCUGGGCAUUGUUGUCAUAGUCGCCAUAUCAAAUGUGUGGUUGCUGAUAUCUAUCCCAAUCAAUAAAGUCAAUACUCGCCAGAUUGGUUUACAUGAUUUGCGUUCUAAAAUCAACAUCAUCUCGCGGGAACCGUUUCUGUUCUCCGGUAGCCUGAGACAGAAUCUCGAUCCGUUCGACUCGUUUACGGACGAACCACUAUGGCGAGCUCUUGAGGAGGUCGAGUUGAAGGAGAUGGGCUUGGAAGUCCACAUCAGUGAGGGCGGUUCCAAUCUCAGCGUCGGCCAACGGCAAUUGGUCGGCAUGGCGCGAGCUAUUAUGAGGAACAAUCCAAUACUCGUGCUGGACGAGGCGACCACGAAUGUGGACCCGCGAACAGACGAACUCAUCCAGACAACCACCAGGAAAAAAUUCGAGAAGUGUACUGUGCUAACAAUUGCUCAUCGACUCAACACCGUUAUGGACAGCGAUCGUAUCUUGGUGAUGGACGCCGGAAACGUGGUGAAAUUCGAUCAUCCUCACAUGCUGCUGCAAAAAGACACGGGCUACCUGAAGAGCAUGGUGCAGGAGACCGGCAAGGCAAUGGCGGAGGAUUUGUCUUCCGUCGCUCAUAACUGCUAUCAGAAUCGUGGAUUUAUGGCGUUUUGA